UGAAGACAGGAGCAGAAGGGGACAAUAGAGGAUGAGAUGGUUGGGUGGCAUCACUGACUCAAUGGGGUCCCAAAGAGUCGGACACGACUGAGCGACUGAACUGAAUUGAAUCACUCAGAUGAACCGUUGGGAGGAAACUGUAACCAGAGACCUGCUUACAACAGGGUAGUUGGCUUUUCUCUUAGGAAGUGAGUCCAGAAAGAAAGAGGGAGACCGGAACCCACAUUGUUGUUUAUAACAUAACCACAGAAGUUACUCCUGCCAGAGUCUGUUGAUACACAGAUUGCUUCUGUUAAUUGUUGUUGCGGCUGCUGCUGAAGUGAUUACGUUCUACUUUUCGUCACUGAGGAGACACCCAUCUUCACACACUCACACAAAGGGCUUUUGAAUUUUCCCCGUUUUUCAACUUGCUGAAAACACCUCGGCUUCCCAUAGAGACACCUCUCAAAAUUUUUCUCUUUUGCCUUAAUUGUCUGAAACACUAGUUAGAACAGGCAAGAAGCAGCUCUGCUCCAGAAGGAAUCCAAGAGAUUUAAAGGCAUCAAAAGGCAGAGAAAGGAAGCACAACUGGACAGAAGGACCAACAGACCCAAAAUUGACAGGAGUGGGGUUGAGGGGAGGCAAGGCUCCACCCCCACUGGCCCCUCCCCUACGUACCUGCGCUUGUGGCCUCGUCCUACCUUCUACCUUACGACGCCUCUCCUUGGCCGCGGCAUAGCGCACUCACCUGCCUCCGUACCGGAUCAUCCUCCCGCGCGUGCGCAGUAUCCUGCAGACCCGGAAUUGCUUUUAAAUGAGUGACAGAGUGUCCUGUGUAUGUCCUCGUAUCGCCGUGAGAAGUUCUGAAGUCCUUCAUCUUAGCUGCCGGCUCCCUGGGGUCCACAUCCGCUUCCUGUUACUAUCGUUCUAGAGUCCACGUCCUUCUCUGGGAGUUCUGCCUUCUAACUUGUGGAGACCGCUGCUUAAAGUCCUGCAUUGCCCAACCCCUAAGUCCCUGAUCCACGAAGAAGUGAAGGAGGCUGUAUCUGUAUGGAGUUUGGUCAGAGUCUCGCCUACGGUUUGAAGGGGAGGGUCAGCCUAGAACGUGUGGUUUUCACAGGAAGGGCCGCAAGUUCUGAAGAAAAGAAUAAAACUAAAAACACCACGUUUGAGUCUGUGUUCCAGAAUCCCUGCUGUGGGUCACUUCCCAAGACUGAUCUUACGUGAGAAGGAAGCCCAGAGGAAGAGGAAAGCAAGGAGUCAGAAAUGACUCAUUCCGAGGGACGGCUAAUGUUUCAGGAUGUGGCCAUAGACUUCACUCAAGAGGAGUGGGAAUGCCUGGACCCCAGUCAGCGGAAAUUGUACAGGGACGUGAUGGUAGAGAACUACAGGAACCUGGCCUCCUUGGGGCUUCUCUCUAAGGUGGACCUGGUCACCUUUCUGGAGCUAUUGAAGGAUCCCAGGAAUAUGAGGAGAAUGGAGGCAACAGCCAUUUACCCAGCUAUGUCUCCACAAGACACCCAGGAUUUGAUGCCAAAGAAUCCAGCGUUAGAAAAUGUAUUCCCAAAAACAAACCUAGGAAUAUAUCAAACAUUUCACCUCAGAAACUUAAAUUUAAUGAAAGAUUGGGAAUAUACCAGGGUAUAUGAAAGACAGAGAGGAUGUUUAUAUGGACAUAAAGAAAUGGAGACAGUUACACAUAAUGCUAACAUUACUGCAAAAAGAAAUGAUCAACAUGAGUCAAAUUGGGAAAAACAGCAACUUCAGUCUUCAAUAUCUGCUGAGAAGUGUAAGUCUUUAACAAAAGAUUUCCAUCCUUUUUUGAAAUAUACGUGUUCUCUAAAAGAAAACGUGGAAAAUCUGGAAGGUAAUCUAGUAUCUACUGCAAAUACUCAUUCAAACAAUUCUGAACAUAGGCUUCGAGUAAACAUACAUUCAAGGAUGUCUGAACACCUACAAUUUAACAAUGAGUGUGAAAACUCACAAUUUAAGCAAUUUGAGGGAUCCAUGAGCAGGGUGUCAUUGUUCUUCCCCCAACAGAUAUCUUCUAUCCAUUCCAAGAUGUAUAAUGUUGAUGAUAAUGGAAGAGAUGCAAUCCAACCAUCAUUGUUCAAUACAUAUUGUGAUAUGGUUAGUACACAACAAUUUUCCAUGUAUAAUAAAAUAAGUCAGACCUUAAGUAUGAGCCCCAGCUCCAAUGAUUACAAGAGUAUUUAUGGUGGACUGAGAAGAUAUUCAGGCAAUGAAACUAGGUACACAGUUGAAGGAAACUCAAACCUUAAGAAACAUCAGGGACCUGAAUCUUCAAACAAGGUUUCUAAAAGUAAUAAAUGUAGAAAUACCUUUGAUCAAAUGUCAGGUUUUUCUCUAGAUAAGAGUACUUGUACUGGAGAGAGCACUUGUGGUGAAUAUGGUAAGGUUUCUAAUCACUGUUCAGAACUUACUCAACAGGACGCUGUUCAGAAUGCACAGGAAGAAAACAAGUGUAAGAUAUGUGAGAAAGUGUUUAGUAAGUCAUCGAAUCUUAGUAGACAUAGGAGAAUUCAUACAGGAAGGAAACCUUUCAAAUGUACAGAAUGUUGCAAAGCAUUUAAUGGUCACUCACUUCUUACUCAACAUCAGCGCAUUCAUGCUGGAGAGAAACCUUAUAUAUGUAAAGAAUGUAACAAAGCCUUUCGUCGUUCCUCAUUUCUUACUCAACAUCAGCGAAUUCACACUGGAGAAAUACCUUAUGAAUGUACAAUAUGUGGCAAAGCCUUUACUUACAACUCAAGCCUUAUAAAACAUCAGCGAAUUCAUUCCGGAGAGAAACCUUAUAAAUGUACAGAAUGUAGCAAGGCCUUUACUUACAACUCACUUCUAAUUCAACAUCGGCGAAUUCAUACUGGAGAGAAACCUUAUAAAUGUACAGAAUGUGGCAAAGCCUUUACUUACAACUCAACCCUUAUUCAACAUCAGCAAAUUCAUACUGGAGAGAAACCAUAUAAAUGUACAGAAUGUAGCAAAGCCUUUAUUUACAACUCACUUCUUAUUCAACAUUGGCGAAUUCAUACUGGAGAGAAACCUUAUAAAUGUACAGAAUGUAGCAAAGCCUUUACUUACAACUCACUUCUUAUUCAACAUCGGCGAAUUCAUACUGGAGAGAAACCUUAUAAAUGUACAGAAUGUAGCAAAGCCUUUACUUACAACUCACUUCUUAUUCAACAUCGGCGAAUUCAUACUGGAGAAAAACCUUAUAAAUGUACAGAAUGUAGCAAAGCCUUUACUUGCAACUCAAGCCUUAUUAAACAUCGGCAAAUUCAUACCGGAGAGAAUCCUUAUAAAUGUAUAGAAUGUAGCAAAGCCUUUACUUGCAACUCAGAGCUUAUUGAACAUCAGCGAAUUCAUACUGGAGAGAAACCUUAUAAAUGUACAGAAUGUAGCAAAGCCUUUACUUACAACUCAAGCCUUAUUCAACAUCGGCGAAUUCAUACUGGAGAGAAACCUUAUAAAUGUACAGAAUGUAGCAAAGCCUUUACUUACAACUCAAGCCUUAUUCAACAUCGGCAAAUUCAUACUGGAGAGAAACCUUAUAAAUGUACAGAAUGUAGCAAAGCCUUUAUUUACAACUCACUUCUUAUUCAACAUCGGCGAAUUCAUACUGGAGAGAAACCUUAUAAAUGUACAGAAUGUAGCAAAGCCUUUAUUUACAACUCACUUCUUAUUCAACACCGGCGAGUUCAUACUGGAGAGAAACCUUAUAAAUGUUCAGAAUGUAGCAAAGCCUUUAUUUGCAACUCAGACCUUAUUGAACAUCAGCGAAUUCAUACUGGAGAGAAACCUUAUAUAUGUAAAGAAUGUAACAAAGCCUUUCGUCGUUCCUCAUUUCUUACUCGACAUCAGCGAAUUCACGCUGAAGAGAAACCUUAUAAAUGUACAGUAUGUGGCAAAGCCUUUACUUACAACUCACGCCUUAUUCAACAUCAGCGAAUUCAUACUGGAGAGAAACCUUAUAAAUGUACAGAAUGUAGCAAAGCCUUUAUCUGUUACUCAGAUCUAACCCAUCAUCAGCGAAUCCAUACUGGAGAGAAGCCUUAUAUUUGUAAAGAAUGUAACAAAGCCUUUAAUCAUUGCUCAGUUCUUAGUCAACAUCGUCGAAUCCAUUCUGGGGAGAAACCAUACAAAUGUAAAGAAUGUGGCAAAGCCUUUAUUAGGAGUUCGGCCCUUAUUCAACAUCACCGAAUUCAUACCGGGGAUAGACCUUAUAAAUGUACAGAAUGUGGCAAGGCCUUUAUUACACAUUAUAAUCUUACUGAACAUCGGCGCAUGCAUACUGGAGAGAGACCAUAUAAAUGUACUGAAUGUGGCAAAGCCUUUGGUUACAAGUCAGCUCUUACUCUACAUCGGCGAAUGCAUACUGGAGAGAGACCUUAUGAAUGUACUGUAUGUGGCAAAGCCUUUAGUCGGAGUGGUCAUCUCACUACACAUCUGAGAACACACACUGGAAAGAAACUCUAGUAAUGGAACAAGUGAUGGAAGAGGUUUGCCCUAAACAUGCAUCAGAAAACACAAGAGUUUAUAUAAGAAUCCAAUGGAAAUGAUGUAACCAAUAUGUAGAAAAGUAUUUAAUCAAAAGUUAAAUGGAAAUAAAUAUCAGAGAUUGCAUAAUAGAAGGCAUUUCAUCAAUCUUGAUUUCAGAAGUUUCUCUGAAGUACAAUGACUGUAGGGAGUACUCCAUAGUUAAAACACAUAGAAAAUGGACAUAUUAGCAUGAAUCGUGAGAUGAAGGUUGAUGGUUAGAAAGUUACAAUUCUUAGCAAUGUAUGUAUGAAAGCAAAAGUAAAGUCGCUCAGUCGUGUCCAACUUUGCAACCCCUAGACUAGCCUACCAGGCUCCUGUGUCUAUGGGAUUUUCCAGGCAAUAGUACUGGAGUGGAUUGCUAUCUGUAUGCUUGUUGAGAAUGACGUGAUUUUAGAUUCUUUUAGGUGAAUGUAAUUGAACACUCAAUCCAUACUAAGCUUUCUACUGUGUUUGAAACGUAGUUUGUUUUUUUUUUUUUAUGGUUUGUUAAAGAUUAGCCUUUUUAUAUUGUGUUGCAACCAUUUCUAUCUAUCCUCCAUUAGAAGAUGAAGGAUACCAUAAUGUAAAAUGGACAGUAACCAUCUAAAUGGAGGUGUUUGGCAUUGAUGUGAAAUAUCUGGAAGUUGCCAUGAUGAAAGUGAUCAUUUAAUCUUUCCAUGUAUUAAAGUAAGAUAGAAGUUGGUUCACAAGUUUCAAUAGUAAUAUCCUUGAUUUGUAAUAAAAACACAAUGAGAGUUCACUGCAAUAUU